AUGGCUCUUUCAUGCGGUGGCUACACGUUGUAUCAUCUUCUUAUUUUCAUAUUAACAUUUUUUAGUUAUGCUUUUUUCCAUGCAACACGGAAAACGCUCAGUAAUGUCAAAUCUUCUAUUUCCGCUGAAUGGACUUCAGAUGGUUUUUUCCCAAAUGCUUCAGUUUGGCUUUUACCCAAUGAAACAUGGAAUCGACGUCAUAUUUUCGAAGGUCAGACAAAAGCUGAUCCCUUUCUGGGCUAUUUGGACACUGGAUUUAUGUUAGCUUAUUCUUUGGGUUUAUUUUAUUCAGGUUCACUUGGAGACAAAUUUUCUUUGAAAAAAGUUUUAUCAUUUGGAAUGAUCACGAGUGGCAUUGUCGUAUAUUUCUUUGGAAGUUUCACAGAAUUUAAACACUAUUAUUAUCCAUCUUUGUACGUUGUUCUUAUUGUCCUAAAUGGUUUUUGUCAAUCUGUUGGGUGGCCAACAGUUAUUGCUAUCAUGGGCAACUGGUUUGGUAAAACAAGCCGAGGAUUUAUCUUGGGAUUAUGGAGUUCAUGUGCUUCCGUUGGCAACAUCCUUGGUGCUUUAAUUACUGCAGCAGUUCUUCCAAAUGGAUAUGAAUAUGCUUUUCUUCUCACUUCAACACUUCUAUUUGGACUUGGUGUUGUCAACUUAUUUGCACUUAUUGAUUCUCCUUCCGAAAUUGAAGAGGAAGUUUAUGAAUACUAUGUAGAAAGACCUGAUGCUGAAGGAGGAUCUAAUAAUACUCGGGGAAAUGAUGAGCAAGAACCGCUUCUUGGGGAUGGUGUGAUUCAAAGACGUCCUGUUGAGAAAAAAGAAGCCAUCUCAAUAUUUACAGCUUUUGCUUUACCUGGAGUACUUCCUUGUGCCUUGUCAUAUGCCUGCCUUAAGCUUGUGAAUUAUUCAUUUUUCUUUUGGCUUCCACUUUACAUGGGCCGUAAUUGGAACCUUCCAGAAUCUACAGCUGACAACCUUUCCAUUUGGUACGACAUUGGUGGAAUUAUAGGAGGCUGUAUUGGCGGAUAUAUUUCAGACAGAAUUGGAUAUCGAGCUGUUGUCGUCUUUCCUAUGAUGCUUAUUUCAAUACCAAUACUUUACAUUUUUAAUGGUAAAUAUAGAAACAAUCUUUUCAUAUUUCCUUUUUAUUUUUAUUUUCUUUUUUCUUUUCUUUUUUCUUUUCUUUUUUCUUUUCUUUUUUCUUUUCUUUUUUCUUUUCUUUUUUUUUUUUUUUUCUUUUUUUUUUUUUUUUCUUUUCUUUUUUCUUUUUUCUUUUUCUUUUUUUCUUUUUCUUUUUUUUUUUUUUUUUUUUUUUUUUUCUUUUCUUUUUUUUUUUUUUUUUCUUUUUUUUUUUUUCUUUUUUCUUUUUUUUUUUUUCUUUUUUUUUUUUUUCUUUUCUUUUUUUUUCUUUUCUUUUUUUUUUUCUUUUUCUUUUUUUUUCUUUUUUUUUCUUUUUCUUUUCUUUUCUUUUUUCUUUCUUUUUUUUUCUUUUUCUUUUCUUUUUUUUUUCUUUUUUCUUUUCUUUUUCUUUUCUUUUCUUUUCUUUUCUUUUUUUUUUUUCUUUUUUCUUUUCUUUUCUUUUCUUUUCUUUUCUUUUUUUCUUUUCUUUUCUUUUUUUCUUUUCUUUUCUUUCUUUCAAUUAUUUCACAUCCCCACACAUGGUUGAUAAUUGUUCUCCUCACAGUGGGAGGAUUUUUUAUUGGAGGAGCUUCAAACUUAAUCAGUUCUGCCAUCUCUGCUGAUUUGGGUCAACAAAGGAAGUUAAAAAAAAACAAGAAAGCUUUGGCAACCGUCACUGGCAUCAUUGAUGGCACAGGAAGUUUUGGAGCAGCUGUUGGUCAAGUGGGCCUUCCUUACAUUGAAGUCGGCUAUGGAUGGAAAUGGGUGUUUCAGAUGUUUAUUAUAACUUGUGGAAUUACUGCUUUGUUUUUAUUACCAAUUGUCCACAUGGAGUACAAGGAAUGGCGUUAUGGUAUACCUGAAGAUGAGGAUGAAGAUAAUGAAGACAAAACAUCUCCAGCAACUGCACCUACUCCCAUAGACUAUUCUUUGCCACCACCAUCAUAUGAUGAAAUCUCUUGA